UGGUUGUAAAGCAAGAAGAUCAAACAUGUUAAGUCUGCCCUUAAGAACCUGAAUUUCUGCUUGGGUGGCAAUGCUGCAUACGUUACAGAAGAGAUCUUGCCUGCUGGUAAGGAGGACAUGGUCAAACCAACUGCCACACGUGGUCAUUACAAGUCACAGGUAAACGCAAGAAACAAAGAAUGGACACUCAAUUAAUUUCCCCGUUAUUAGGAGCAAUUACCAGCCCAUCACAUCCCUUAGAAUCUUCCUGUCUGCACAGUGACUGCUCAGCACCUGGGGAACUUGUUGGCACCAAAACUCCCUUCCAGGACUGCACCAAAAACCGGGCACAGACAAAUCUUUCUUAUUCUGGCAAUGGCCCUGAUAUGUUUGGCCUGGUGUCGAGCAUCCUAGAGGAGCCAAACAAGGCAGAACCAGCUACAGAUUGGAAUUCACUUUCAAGAUUGUUGCCACCACUGUGGGCUUCUGAUUUAGGAAACAACUGUGAAUCCUCAGGGCUUUCAUCUGAGCACUCUGUAGGCAAUGAGGAUUUGAUGUGUGCACAGAGCUGCUACCGGGAGCAGCUGCUCCAGUCGCAUGACGUGGAGCUGCUGCACAGAGGUUUAGAAGACCUUUAUCUCAUCCAAUCUUGGCUUUCUCCAUCUGACCCCUGCACUCAGCCUGACAACGCUCUGAAAAACGGCCAUCCUGCAAAUUCCUCUUUGGAAAACAAGAAUUCCAUUCUCCAAGAGAGGUGCGCGUUUCAAAGCGCGGAUUGUAAUCAGCAUUGGAGCAGAGAUGAGCAGAUGAGCUUAAAUGGAGACUUUGAAAAAAAUGGUUCCAGUUUUAGCACCUCUUCUCAAAACAGAGUGGAAGAUAACCCUAUCAUUCAGACAGGGUGCUGGAGAACUGAAAGAGCAAGAGGCAACGUGAUGAGAAAUGGUGUGUAUGAACAAAUUAAACAUUCUCCUGAUCUUUCUAAUCAGUCUGUUGGUGACUCUUGGGAUGAAGUGCCCCAGAACAGCCACUUCUUUUCUAAAAGAUGUGAAAGCUUUACAGCUGCUCAGAAAUCCCAGUCAUCUGUUCAUCCAUCGCUGUAUUUUUUCAGUCAACCAACGAAGGAAAGCUUUUCUGGAGCGACGAACAGAAAACCAUGGGAAACCCAUGUGCAAAAUGGUCAUCAAAGCUUUACUUUAGGGGAUGUUUUUAAUAAUAAUAAUGAAUGGAAGAACCACGUUAGUCCUGAAGAGUACACUCAUAAAAUUUCUGAGUUUGAUUUGUCAGUAAAAAAUGGGAAUUACUUGUUGUACCAUGGACAUACAUGGCGGGAUGGGAAAUCUUCCAGACCAACAGCUGCAUCAGAUGCUGUGUUUGGAAAGCAAAUGGUAAUGAGCACACAGUCAUCACCUGGAGCUUCAACCACGUCUGGGGGCUCCUCCCCACAUCAUCCUAUGGCAUAUCCCUCUUAUUACUCACAGACCUCACCAGUCCUCCCAUUGGGAAAAGAUGGAGGGUUACAAACAUCAGACAGUAUUUUUAACAGUUUGGGAGUUUCUAAUUUCAUCUCAGACACUCAGAAGCAAGUGAGCCCUUCUGGACACUCACAGCAUGAUUCUUUGACUAGUAAAGAGGGGCAGCAAUGCAAAUUCCCUGUUAGUUUUUCAUCCAGCUGGUUAACACAACAGAAUGUUUGGAGUGAAAACCCUGAAAUGUGCCACAGGUUUCAAGAAAAGCAAACCCAGGAAAGCAGGAAUAAAGAUGAUAGAAGCAGCAGAAGGAACUGCAUUCCUCAUUUUGGAUAUGCAACCCCAAACUGCCAGCAGUACAACAUGCUCCAAAAGAGCCAUGAACAGAAUGGCAGUAUCAUGUCAGAUUUUACCAGUCCUUUUCUUCCUUCCUUCCCAUUCAUGUUUGAUUUUAAGCAAACUCCCAGCUUUUUUCCGUUUAACCACCAUCUGUUUUCAUUAGCAAAGAACUUCAGUUUCCCUCCUUCGCCUUUUCCAUUCUCAGAACUUGUUGAUCUUCUCCAUUAUGAUGAUUUUAACCACUUGAAUCCCUUCAUCAGUGACCUCUUUUGUGGGGAAAUAACAGCCCCAUACUUUGCCUUUCCAAUGCCAUUUAACAAGUGCAGACCUCCCAGGAGCCGCAGCGGACCUUCUAACGAGCUUCACAUCCAGCUGGAGGAGUGCUAUGAGCAGUGGAGGGCUUUGGAGAAAGAGAGGAAAAAGGCUGAGGCUGACCUUGCAAGGAACUUCCCAGGAAGGCAUGUUUCUAGCUCCAGUACCACUCCUGUGUCUCAGCUCCCUGCCCACCCAUCACGAGUGGAUCGUCUGAUUGUGGACCAGCUCCGAGAACAGGCCAGGGUGCUCACCUUAAUAGGGAAAAUGGAAAUGCUUUGUGGUGCCCCUGUGCACGGUAACGUGUCUGCUGCCUUGAAACACCACAUGGAAGCCAUCCACGUAACGCAGGCACGGCGUAAGGAUGAGGUUGUUAAUGCUGUUAAUCCCCAGAGACAAGGAGUGCUGCGUUACAACAGUGAGAAAGAUGUUCUGGCUCUGGCAGCUGCCAUUAGAGAGCUGGCUGCUUCCACACGCAGGGCUCGCACUGCGUUAUGGUGUGCAUUACAGAUGGCUUUGCCAAAACCCUCCCCAAGCAGCCUGGUAAAGCAUGAAGCUGAAGGGACGUCACAAGAGCUUUGUACUCUGAGCACAAGCACACGAGGAUCCACCAGCAUGGAGAACAACAACACAAGAAGAGAGAAGCCUGAGGAACCCAUGAGGAUUCUGGAAUGACAGCUAAUAGUAAUAAUAAUAAUAAUAGAGGGGGGCAGGAGGCCGAGGAUGGGGGGGAGAAGGGUGAAGCGGCCUGUUAUACUGACAGUGUUUUCCAUUGGUUAUGAGAAAGCAGGAAGGUUGCAACAAUUGAUCAGGGCUACAGGUCUGUUACUGUGAUUCUGCAUCCCUUACUGGUGUUAAUGCAGUGGUAACAUUGCUGGUAUUACAAUGUCUGCUAUGUUAGAAUGUUAAGAGGAACUAAACAGUAGCUGAGCGUUUCCUUGUCUGCUUAUCCAAAGCUCCACACCAGCUGUGAUUCAAGCCAUGACCUGAGAAACCAGUGUGGUGAAACUUAAUUCUCCUUUCUGUGUUAAUGGUAUGGUCCAGCAUACAGAAAAGAGGGGGGAAAAGUCAUUUGAAAGGUAUUUCAUUCAGGUGUUGAUUUGUUCUGCACCAUUACGUAGUUCUUUUCAGUGCCAAAGUGAUCAGUAAGUGGGUCGCAUCCUGUCAUGGAGCAAUCCAUGCUCCUGUGGUGUUUUUCAGUUGAGGAAUUUGGGUUAUUGCUAUGUUUGAGAAUAAUCAGCUUUUAAUGGUGGUUCUGUCAGAUGCUUCAGCAUUUGUGCUGCCAGAUUCUAGCUAAACCAAGGUAGAUAGAGCUUUCCUACGUCUUAAACCAAGUAUCAGCACGUUUUACAUCUCAAAUACAAGGAUUUGGAGACUUGCAGUGAGAAGCAUGUUGACAGGAGACUGAAAAAAAAUAGUGGCUCAGGAUUAGAGAAGAGAUUUAUUGAUUUCUCACUGGGUGAGAAGCCAGUAAUUGCACAGCCUAGUGUGACUUCACUGAAAAAUGCUCUGUGUUAUGAACGUGUGUUCGUGGUACCACAGAUCUUUGGAAACAUUCCAUAUUUAUUUUCAUGUGUUUAUUGAAUGUUUAUUUCAAAUUCUAUUUUAGUAAUAUAAAGUUGGAUCUUUUGCCAAGCCUUGCAGGUAAUCACAUUUAACAAUUUACUCAGGAAAUAUGUCUAUUGUUAUAUAAAUAAACACGUAUACAUAGGGAUUUUGGAGGGGGGGAGGGAUGUUUGCAAGAUAUUUACACAAAGCUAGCUACAUCCUAGGUUACCAAAGCUGUUCAAUGGUUUGUGUUCUGUGUGGAAGAUUUCACACAUUGCAUUGCUGUUAGCUGGUGUCCAUUCUGUGGCUUAGACAAUCAGAAGUGCUGUGUGUUGGUGUGAAUGUUCAGGGUGAGAACUGGAGCAGAAUGAGUGAUUCCAGUUUUCUUCUUGCAGCACGUGAGUAUUUCAGUGCUUCAACAACUGCCUGAAUGCAACAGCACCACUUCCAUGUGACUGCUACCCAGCUGUGGCUCUCAGCUAUUGCUGCAGUAAUGAAUGGCUUUGGAGAGCAGUUCUCACUUGCAAAGUGAAUUAAGCAUAAGGGAAGCUACUGAGAGGUAUAAAUAGAGAUGCAUCUGUGUUCCAUAGUGCAGUUUGACCUUUUGUGGGUAAAUCCAGAAUUGUUUCCAGUUAUUGCACUUGCAGAAUGUUCAAAGGCAAAGAAACAUGGGGCCCUGGAGAGUUGCUUUGAGUGUGAGGGUUUUCUUUGUGCAGGUGCAGCGUUUUGCACAAAUUAAGAUGGUGAAACUGGCUUUUGAGAAACCGAUCCCCUGUUACACAGCUGGAAAAGUGGAGUCUGCAGUAUUUCAGCCCAUGGCUAAUUUUUGAUUGUGAUUACUGUAUUGACAGGAAGGCAGAGCUGGGAAGAACAACUGUGGUCCUGCAGGAGCACCCUGUAGCAGGGUGUGUAUAGAGCAGGGUCCAUCUUACUGUGGUGCUGUGCAUUAAUCAUUACUCUCCAGGGACGUGUUCUCAACUGAUUCCUAAUGUUGUUAACGUGCCUUCAGCAGUUUGUUUCUGAGCACAGUAAGUAGCAGGAGGCUCACCUCUGUUUUGCACUGCUGUUUAAUUACCUGUUUACAAGGAGUUACAGUGUGGCUGCAUCUGACAACAGCUGGGGUGGGCUGGUAGUGCUGUGCACCACUGCUGCAGAGUCACAGUGCAUGGGAUGUGUAUUUGCUGCACUGAAUUAUUGGUGUGGAUAAGGAUAAUGCUCCUGGCUUCAGUUGCUGAUCAUCCUCACAGUUGCUGACUUCAACGAGAGCAAAGCUUUGGGCUGUUAGCUCACACUUAACCCAGAGAGGUAACUUCAUUUCACAGUCUGUGUUUGUUUCUUAUUCAUACUGUUUUCUUCCCAUUUGUGAAGCAAUAGGGUAAAAUUACUUUGCUUUGUUUCCAUAAGUAGCUCUACUGAGAUGCUUAAUUUAUUUCUUUCCCUGGGCUGAUUUUUUGCAGUUUACACUUUUUGAAUGAGUUGUAGCAGUGCUACAGAUCUGCUCCCACCCAAGGAAACAAGAUGCUUCAAAGUCCCCUCUCAAGUCCCAGUUAUUGCUAAGUUAGGUGUUUUUUUGUGCAGUGUGGAUCUGUCAUGCUUUAAAAUCCCAAAGUGGGAGUCCAACACAAGGUAAAACAUAAGGCUCAGCUACUUCUGGGCACUGCAGUAGCCAUUGGGUUCUUGUGAUUUGGCUCUGCUGUUUCUCAGAGGAAGGCCCUGCAUCAGAGCCAGGAUGUCAUUUCUGGUAGAAGGUUUGGCAUCCCUGCUUUUCUUCAGAUUCCACAGAUACCUCUGGAAAUUAAAUGAAUCUGGUGGGAUUUAUAUCAACUCACACUAAGAAGUUUGCAUUACUUUGUCUCCAAUUUGCCUGGAGCAACAGGCAGGGAGGCAGUCUGGGCUCGUGCUCUUUGCCUGCCUGGGCUGUUCUCAGAAAUGUUUGGCAGACUGAAUUGUUCCUGAGCUGCUCUUGUUGCUUUUUCUUCCCAGGCUGAAUGUUUUUCUUUGCUGUUGGUAUUCACUGCUGCCAUAAACCUCCCUACCUGGGCGUGCAUCUUUUGGAGCUGAUUUGCCUUACAGCACAGAGGCUAUUGCUCUGAGCUUCACGUAGGGUGUUGGAUUUUGUUGUUGCCAUGUUUGAACUGCUAUAGAGGUUAUGCAACCAACAAACCUUAAGCCUGUAUGAAUUUCUUUAAAGCUUAUUUUCUUACCUGUUCUGAGAGCUGACUUUGUUUCACUCUGUUCAGGAGUGGUGAUGUCAGUGCUGCACUUUGGAGCAACCCUAAGCAGUGGUGCUUUGAGGAUUUUGCUCCUAGCAUCAAUACUGCUCUGCUGAUGUAUUUAGUUCUACUUUAUGGCCCCACUAUUCUAUGUUAUCUUUGUAGUGUCAUUAAGGUGGAGAAAACUUCUUCAGGAUUAUUAAGUCUUAAAAGCUGUACGUGAUGUUGGACAAGAAUGACUGUUGCACAUUGGUGAAUGUAUGAGAGCUGUGGACUUUGGGAUGCAAGUAUUUAAUUAAUGUUAUUUUUAAAUAAGUGCACUAUGCUACUGAAGAGAUGGGUGUUGUGGCCCUGCUUCCACUAAGCCAGCAGCUUGGAGCACUGGCUAUCAAGAAACUACAGCAAAGUGUGUUCCUGACCUUGAUUUUGUUUCUCUCUAUGCUGACAAACAUGGAAUUAACAGGAUUGUUUUCCUCUUAAAGCUGAGGAAUGGACCCACAGCAGGAGCUUUGGCUGAAUUGAAUGUGUGGGUUUCAUGAAGGAUUUUGCACCUUGUUUCUCUCCCACUUGCUUGGACAGAAAUGAGCUGUAGCCAUCUGAAGGCCUGGAUUGAUUUCUGGAGCAGUUCAUUGCCACCAGCACUCUCUGUUUUGGGAAUGCAAUAUGAAAUCAGGCAUCCCUCACUUUUUGUUGUAGGUCACUUUCUAACUUAAAAAAAAAAUAUAUAUCUAUAUCACUUUGCCAAUCAAUUUCAGUUACAUAAACUGGGAGGUCCUUAUUUUACUUCAUUAGCAAUACUGUAAUCAGAGGUGCAAAAAAUGUGUGCUGUCUGUGCUUUUAGAGACCAGAAAUACCUGGGGCUGGGAGCAACUUGAAAAAAUGUGGGCAAGUGGAGCUAUAAAUCCUCUCUGCUUGUUUUCCUUUCUAAUGCUCAUUUGGCAAUUGUUCACAUUUGGUCUCUCAGAAGAGGGUUAGAAAGGAUGAACAAUCAACUUGCAGUCCCUGCCAGCUGGAAAUUACUUCACAUUUUUUAGUUGUAUGAAAUACAACCAGUUUAAAACUCAUUUAUGCACAGUAAUAACUUACUGAGCAUAGUUUUCUUUCACCAAAUUAGGCUGCCUCCCAUUAUAUAAGGGGGAAAAGUUUCCUUUUGUUUUAUAUGAUAUAUGCAAAGAUGAACAGUGUCUGUAUUUUAAUAUACUAUUUGGUGUCUGAAGCAUCUUUUACACGUUUGUUGUUCAAACUCAUGUAUUUUAUAGCAAGUUUGACACUGCUGGUGUCACUGCAGGAGGACUCAGAGCUGAUCCACUCAAUAGACCCAACAGCAAUGUGUGAAAGUACAAUUCAACCAUAAUUGCUGGUGAGACAACAGCCAAAGUUGAUGAGAAGGUUUGUGUUACGUGUGUGAGAGUCUCAGAAAGGAGAGAAAGCUGUACUUAAUAAUGGCCAGUGUAAUUUAUUGGGGUAUUAUGAAUGUGAUUCCUUUUAAAUAACCAGCUGUGUCGUGUGCCUCCUUAAUAAAUAGUUAUGGCUUGUUGUUUCAAUCAGUCUGCACUAUUUGUCAGCUGCUGUUCUUCAAGAGAGUUUAACUUGUUUUGUCAUUCUGCCUUGAAAAGAUGUUGUGUGUUCUGCUUUAAGUUAAGAAAACAAUUAAAAUCUUCCCUUUUUAUGACAUUGACUUUAUUAUUUUGACACGUCCUGUGGGUGAAGAA